UCGACAUAUAAAACAGGCCUAACACGCAGAUGCCUGCACAUAGUAGGUGACUACCUACCUACGCAACGUAUGACUUGCACUCAUUAAGCCUCGUUUUUGUUGAUUAGGUGAUACCUUAUAGGUCUUGGAUGUCGAUGAGAGAUAGAUAUCUAAAACACAUCAAGCCUAAAAGACUGCAACGUUCAAAACGUCGUGACAAUGAACCUACUAAUAACAAUGGUAAGACAGGUUUAGAUCGCGAAUCCACCUGCAAAUUACAGUAAACACUAUAAGCUAUAAUGAGCAUGUUUUUUAUUGGCGCCCUCAAACAAAUACUAAUCAGUGUUUGUGACACAUUCUUUAGAAAAUGUAUUCUUUAGUUUUUAUUGCGAUUCAUUGUUGUUACCAACCAAUCGCAGAACCUGUUCUUAUGGCCUCGUGGUGCCCCGCAAAUUUGCCGGAUGAGGGCGGAAUUCCCGCGGUGGGUAUAAGUACCCAAUGCGAUGGAUGAUAUAAUAGUUAUACCAUCCGGUAUAGAAAUCUGGAGCUUCUAUUAUAAAAACCUAACGUGGCUAUUCUCAGGAAAUAUUGUGGGGACAUUUUUAGGGUACCCUAUAUUAAACUAAAAUUAAAGAAUUAGACAAGCUGAAAAUACAGACAUCACCAGCGGCGACUUGUUAAUAGCGUGUAAAAAUAACUGAAAACAGGCAAUUUGGUUAAAAUACCGGAAUAUGAUAUGAAUUACAAAGCAGCUUGGCUUAUAGUGGUAUAUAAAUUGACCGCCAACUUGAAUUUGGGACAUUCAAUACAAUCGUGUAAUAUUCAGGGGUAUUUUGCGGGGGUGGGGGAAUAGGGGGAUUCCCCCCGAAAUCUGAAAAUAGCUAAAUUUUGGGGAGGGGCGGAGCAUUUCCACCCAAAAUGGAAUAUGAACAUCAUUAAUAUUAAACUGGUAAGUGAUAAGGCAUAACCUUGAGUAUAAAAAUGGGUAAUCACUUGGAGGUGCAGUUGGUGAACCCAGACAUCAUUUCUAUCCCCUCUCUUGGAAAUAGGUGAGGGUAGGUCUGGGUUUGUGAGUAUAGGAGGGGAAAUCCCCACCCCCCCCCAAUAAAAAAAAAACCUGAGAUUUUUUUUUGGGGAGGGAGCUCCCACCCAAGUCCCAAAACCUAAAAUACCCCUAAAUAUUAAUCCUUUGACUACUCUGGUUGACAGAUUUACAGCAUAGAAUGAAAUGUAAAAUCUUCGAUAAUGACUCGGAAGACGAUAGAAGCGUCUGUACGUCAACAACUGACGGAGAUCUUAAUGAGAACAUUCCAAAGUCGCCCAGUUUAGAAAAAGGAUGUACUCGAUCAGAAGGUCAAAUACCAGACGCGUGUAAAGAAAUUAGACCAACUGAAACCGGAAAUGACGACGAUGUUUGUUCCACAAGUGAAAGCAAGAGUGAUUUAUCAUAUGCGGCACUUUCGCCAUUCGACAGACGUCUGCUUGUUGUAGUUAAAAAAGGGCUUGAACAACGUAGUAGAUUGCAGGAAUUAAGGGAACAGGAGGAAUUGAGGCAAAAGAAGGAAAUAAGGGGGAAAGCUGGAAUGAAAGAAAAAGCGGAAAUGCUGACAGAACAAACAGAAUGUUCCAACGUUGUCACAGGUUUGAAUUUACAUGUAUUGUUUAAGUGCCCCUAACGCCAAAAUUCUUAUUGUCUCAUUGGAAAGAAUAUUUCGUACUGAAGAGGAACCACCACUUUCAGAUUUUCCUCGAUUUUGAGUUAUUUCGGUUUCUAUUAUAUGCAAAUUACCUUCAAUUACGUUACACGUGCAUUCUGUUGAAUUUGAAGUAUAUUUAACAGUUAUUCUACGACGAGAGUGAGUGGAAUAACUAUUCGACGAGAGUGAGUGGAAUAACUGUUUUAUUAUAUACAGAAGGUCUGAAUUCAAAGACUUUGCUUUUCCGUUAUUUUCAAUAUUUUUCUAUUUUGUUUUUAUCUUCGCUUUUUCGGCCGAUUAUUUUUUCAAUUGUUUCUUCCUGUAAAGGCUAUAAAAAGCGAACAACUUGCCGUUUUCUCGUUCGCAAAACGUCGGAAAUUCAGUUUGAGCAGCCAUUUUGUUUUUCUCUGCUAGCAGGAUAUGAGCUAAUAUCCUGCUAGUAAAGAACCAAUCAGAUUGCAGAUUACCUCAUAUCCAGACCUUGUGUAUAUAAUAAAGAAGUAUAUUCUGUACUUUCAAUUGAAAUCUUUUUAUCGUUCAUUAUCAAAUGAACAAAAUGUGUAAAUAAAGAAUGUGUGCCUCUUGUAUUACUGUCGAUGCAAUGGAAGUGUUGAUAAAAUAUUGCACCAAUUCCUUUCCUCAAGUUGAUCAGUUCAUUUGAUAGAAAAUUGAUCAACUUCCUGUUACUUUUAAAUGAACCAAUUAGAUUUCGUUUCAGAACCGAUUGACCAAUAGGCAACGCACAGGAAGUAAAAAGAAAUUUGAAUUCGUAUGAAUUGAUCAACUUGAGGAAAUGAAUUCAUGCAUUAUUUUAUCAACACUUCCAUUGCAUCGACAGUAAACACCAAAUGUGGAUAAUUUUUGGUGUUUUCAAGUCUAAGAUGUUUCCAAAGUGUAAUCCAUGACACCACUUUUAUACACUUACUUCAUAGAUCAACUGAAUGUUAGCGACCAGGAACUAGCAGUCUUAAAAAUGGUUGUAAGUACCAAUACUGUAAACAGAUGUAUAGCAGAACAUGCGUUUCAAUUUGUUAAUGUUUGCGACUAUAGUCAGUUAUUUGUGGCUAUUCUCCUGCUGCCAAUUGCGUAUAGACUAACGAAAUGCAGUAUCGAUACUGAAAUAAAGUAUAUACAUGGGUGUAGAAGUGGUGGUGGUGGGGGGGGAGAGGGGAGGUUGCUCAGGGAAGCUCAUAAAAGCUGAGCCCGCCCCCCCCUCUCCUUGUUAAAAAUGUCAUGCUGAUUUGGGGAGCUAACCUCCUAAGAGGUAACCUGAAAAGUUCUUUGCAACCGUUGCUGCAGUGUUGAUUUGAUGCGGUAAUGAUGUUAGCAAUCUGUACUUGAUUACUAUGAUUAUACUAUUCUUUGUUUGCAAUCACGUGGCUUUUCAUCCACAUGAUGGGCAAUCGGACAACUUGUGGACGAAUAUGAAAUAGCUUCGGUAUAUCGGAAUCCUUUAUUUUACGUUCUUUCGUAAGUCCUUUCCUUUCAUAUUUAUCAUGUUGGCCCUUCCAUGCCUUGUUACUCUCACGUCUUGUCACCUCGCCUCCUUUUAGUGCCCCUGUUAUCAAUUUAGUUCUACAUCACUGAGUAUAUGUAUCCAGACAGUGUAAAAAUUACCUAAAAUAGUAAUGAGUAAAAAUUACAAUUACAUCUCUGAUAAAGUAAUUAUAUUAGAAAAAUUACAAAUUAUGUACUUUCAAAUGUACUGAAUUACAAAUUCCCAGAUUACUUUUUAUUUAGGUAUCAAUAAAAUUGGAUAAAUUACUCAGUUUUGCUGAAAUUAUUCAACUUCAAUUAGGAAUGCCAAUCAGGAUUGAUUAGAAUUUGGUCCCCAUUAGCAAGCUUCAUUUCUCCCUUUCGUUUCACUGAAUUUAUCCCGCAGUGCCCCCUCGCUCUAUUCUUUCAUAAUUUCUAUGGAUAUAACGGCACUAGCCUAUAUAUACAACACUCUGGCAUUCGUCUUGUGUAAUAUUUUGUAUAAAUGACCAACAUAUAUGCCAUAUACAUCAAUAUUUGACUUGUUUAAGCCGUCGAAUUAGGUUCAAUUUAUUUAUUUACGGGCAUCUUUUGAGCAAAAUUCAAAACAUUUCCCUCCUUAUUUUGUUGUCAAACCAUCGAAUCAUGACAAUAUAGCGAAGUAGUAUCGAGAGUGACGUCAUGAUCAAAUAUCUCCCUCCUCGCUCAACGAAUUUUUCUCUUCAAUGCAUGCGCUGCGCGGUCUUUUAAUCGAAAAAGUCGUUCAAUUACAACAUCGGCCUCGGACCAUAUGCAGCAGUGCGCUUUGUGAUCAAUUUUAAGAGUAAAUUACUUUGAAUAUGCAGUUUUCCAGAGUAAAGAAGACAGAUACGAACAAUUCACAGUUUCUAUACAGGACUUUGAAAAUUAUUGUCAGAAUUUACUCUUAAAGUUUAUGACAAAGCGUAUACUGCUGUGUUCCCUUGCUCUGAGGUCAAAUUAUUGUUAUUAAAAAUGCCCAUCGUAUCAUAAUUUUUGAAUUUGUUAUAGAGUUUGAUCAGGACUAAAACGAAGGCUUCUUUGCCUCAAAUCUUCUUCGGUUUGUUCCGAACUAAUGCUAAUGUGGAGGAUACAGUAACGUUUCUUGAUAAUAAAGAAACCAAGAACGGUAAGUACAAUAAAAAUUCAAUGUUUACUUCAGUUACUUGCUAAAAGUUUGAAUAGAAGCCAGAAAGUUUUAUUCCAUUACAGACUUUUCCAAUAAGUUGGUACAUGUUCAACUGUGCAAUUAGUUUAAGAGGAGAAUCUUUUGUAUGUUACGCAACACGAGCUCAAAACUAAUGGAUAUACUUUUCCACUUGGUUAUAUCAUGGAUAAUAAAAUAAAUGGAUAGGACUCUAGCUGACGUAAGCAAAAACAACCUGGUUGCAAUCUGUGACGUCACGCGUAUUGCAAAGGCAUUUUUGUUGUUUCGCUAUACUUUCCGCUUUAAAAGAGUAAUAUUGAAGCAUAAACUGGUCUAAUUGUUUUAAAAACAUGCCUAAGCCACGACAAAGUAUUCAAGGUAAAUGUUUUUCGUCUUUGUUUUGUAUUUUUUCACAUUUGUAGCUACGAAAUUGGCGUCCCCAAUUUUAACGAAAUUUGGGAUGCAUUUUUCACUGUUUAGUGCUUGAAAUAUUUGCUAAAAAUUGACUGGGAAUACUUAGAGAUUUCAUCGUAGAAUGGCGUAGUUAUAUUCACUUGCUUUUUUACUAAAAUGUUUAGCUGUAUUAUUGCUAAACAUGCCGUUUUUGAGAAUUUGGUUUGCAACUAGGUUUCAACAUCCAAUCACGCCAUCAGCUCAUUGAAAACAUUAGGUUACGUCAGCUAGUUUCCUAUCCAUUUAUUUUAUUAUCCAUGGUUAUAUGACUAUAUUCAAUUUUUUAAAUUUUUGAUAUACGUUUCUCAAGCGGCAAACAAGUUUAAAAAGUAUGUUUAGUGCUUUAUCUGUAAAAUUAUGUUAAAAUGAAGAGAUUUUAGAUGGCACGCCAAAGAGAAAAUGAUGUCCAAAAUUCAGUAAGUUUUGAUAACUGUAUUUAAAUUGACAAUAUUUAACUAUGAAGAGAACUUAUCUCGCUUUGGCUUGUCCACCUUGCGUUGUAGACGUCGCGCCCACUGUCUAAAACUUUUUAAUUCAAUUUCUAGUCCCUCUCACAAAUUGUAUAACCUUUUAACUCCAAAACAUCAGCCUAAAAAACAAUUUAUGAUGUGUUCGCUGUUUUAACAUUCCGCUUUGUAACACUGAUCGCUUUAAUAAAUCCUUCAUUCCUUCUAUGUCCAAGUUUGUAAAUUACCAUUAGUUUUUAACCUUUAAGUUUACUAAUAAUAUAAUAUUAAUCUGUUAUCUUUGUAAAUAAAUUAACAUAAUAAUCUUUGUAAAUACUCGAUUCAGCCAUUGGGCUGCUAUAUAGUUUGAUUUUAAUAAACAAUCUAUUUAUCAUGCCUCCUGAUGUUGUGAACCAUCGUGCACAAGUUAUCCAUUGGGUUGAGUUCAGGACUUUUUCCCAACACGGUUGUUGGUUUUCAAAAGCAUUCCUUCCCAUUGGGUGACGACAGAAAACACAAAUGAUUGGGUACAAUUUUAUAAGAUGAUAGCAUGUCAUUGGAUUAGAAAAAUGUGCUGGUAUAUAUAAGGAACCAUGCAGAAAUCGUGCAACAAGCUCUGAGGUAGCACAAAAAGUCCUAAACUCAACCCAAUGGAAAAUCGAUGAGUUGUUCACAAAUAAAAGUAAGCAAAGGAAACCCCGGAAGCACAGAAUGCCGGAAGCAAGGACAUCUGCUGAACUAGAGAUUGUUGUUCGGAAAGAUGGGAAUAAAUUCCCAGACAAAUUGUUAAGAUGAGCAAAGAAGGUCCUGAAAGUGCAGGGAUUUGCAACUAUACAUAUUGAGAGAUAUACGCCUAACCUAUUUUUAAUAUUAUCUGAUACAUUUUGUUUAAAUAAGCUCAGAUGAAAUCAUGCUAACCAGUUAUUAAACUAAAUGCAUAGUUGAUAAAAUAGACAGAAAUCUCGACCUAAAAUAUUAAUUAUACAGUGAUAAGGUUAUUGUGAUUCUAUUGCUCUCAACCAAUGAUAUUUGAUUUUCAUAUAUAAUAUAACUUCAUAUAUAGUUUGGACUGCGCAAGAAGAUCAAAUGCUGCAGGGAAACGAUAUGGAAGAGGUGGAAAAUAUUAUUAAUAAACGUGGACAUCUGGCUGUUAAACGACGAUUAAAUUUUAUUGAAAGAAGAGCUACAGUAUAGCAAAGAAACCUACAUGAAUUUAUAUUUUGUACCAUGCACAUACCAGUAAGAAAUCAAUUGCUGCAGGGAAGAGAUGUAAAAGGGGUAGAAAAUAUUAUUGAAAAGUUAGAUAAUUCGCUGUAGGACAAUGUUAUAUUUCUGUACGUUGAACGUGACGCACCUGUUUGUAAGUAGAAGAUGAUUAGACAAUUGUUCAAAAAUGACAUCUAACUUUCUCUUUCUAUACUAUCUAUACAAAAUGUAUCAUAUGCAGUGUAAAUUUUACAAAUAUAGUACACCAUUGAGGCAGAUCUUUAUCCAAAGCAUUUGCAAUGAGAUGAACCUUUACUCAAAAUAAUAAUUUAAAAGCACGUAAUUUAAACCUGUUGUUAAUAAUAGGUAGUUGCACAAACCUCAGAAGCCAACAAAUCUCUUGACUGUGUUCGCCGCUCUUUUAGUAACAUUAGACAGAUUUAGAAAAGACGACGCGACCUCAAAGACGACGUGGAUGUCGUCAUUUGGCGCCAACUAUCGUCCACUUCUGGUUUGCGACGUCGUCUUGGACGAUUUCACGACGCGAAAAUACAAUCGUCCUCUCUAGAACGUCACAAAUUUAUGCUUCUUUUGAAAAAAAUAUGAUAAAAAUAAAAAAAGCAUAAUAAAAAUCAUCCUAUUUUUUAAUGAUUCUA